GAGAGAAUGGGUAAAGGAACGUCGUGGACGAUAGUACAUUGCGUCCUUAUGCAGCUAAUCCUUGGAAUACUGAUAGGCCUUUUCACCAGUCAGGCAUCCUUAGAGGUCUUUCGGUGGCGUCGGAGAUCCUUAUGCAGGCUUCCUAAAGAUGGCAGUGGACAACGUCAUAAGAAGCUACAGUUACCGAGGGACUCAGAGAGGCAUAUAUUUGCAGGUGUCAUGACCUCACGUAAACACCUGCAAACACGUGCUGAUGCUAUCUAUAAAACAUGGGGUAAAGAUUUCCCAGGUCAAUUGGUGUUUUUCAUUGGGACUGGUGAAGAUUUCAACACAUCACUACCGGUGGUAGUGUUGACUAAUGUCAGUGAUGAGGCCUACCCGCCACAGCGUAAGAGCUUUGAGAUGCUCCGCUACAUGUCUCAACACCACGGAAACGACUUCCACUGGUUUAUGCGUCUGGAUGACGACGUCUAUGUAAAUACGGACCUUCUAAAAACAUUCCUGACGUCUAUAAACAGCUCUCUGCAUGAGUACAUGGGACACUCAGGCCUUGGGGCUAUAAAAGAAAUAGGACAUUUAGGUCUGCAUGGAAAGACACCUUAUUGUUUGGGAGGUCCUGGUGUUGUACUGAGUGGCCCCAUCCUCCGGCAAGUGGCACCCCAUCUCUCUGGCUGUCUGAAGAACCCUGCUACACCUCAUGAGGACACAGAACUAGGGAGAUGCAUACACAACGUGACUGGUCUUUCCUGCUCAGAAUACAAACAGCUAAAAUACAUGUUUUUCCAAAACUUCAAAGAUGCAUCGGGAGCAUGGGCCGAAAAGCUGCUGCCACGAUAUCUACACAAGAUGAUUUCAUUCCAUCCAAUAAAACAGCCAGUGUACCAGUUCAUAUUACAAAAAACGAUGCUUUCCUCGAAACUACAAACGAAAUUGAAACAAGCAUAUUCUUUAGAGAGAGAAAAAUCCUUCAUUAACACAUCUAGAUUUAAAAAGAAGUGUGAGUCCACCCCUUGUGACGCUGAUAAUGGGGAGGUCUGGACAUGCAUCAAGGGGUCUUAUGUUUAUUCAAUGGAAUCUGCCGAUCUCAAAGACUCAACAUCAGAUCGCGGAAGACACUUGUAUUUAGCGUCCCUUCGACAUUCACUGAAACUGUACAUAAAGAGUGAUCAGCUCAAAAAGGCCCAAGUCACUUACUACAGAGUAUCCGCCCUGAACGGUCUGGAGCAUGCGGUCGUUACGGCAGAUGGGAAGAAGCAUCGGCUCUUCAGAACACGGCAGACAUUCCCAACGAUAUUUUUUCGUGAACUUACCCCAAAAUGA